CGUUCUGGAGCUGAGCUGAGCAGCAGACCUCCACAGCCCGGUCCAGCCGCCGUGUGUCCGGGCUGACAUGGAUCCACCCACCGGAGGAGGAGACGCACCGCGACAACACUGAGACCCUGAAUGGAAGACUUCGUGUGAUUUUGCUUUAUUCUUCCCGUGCUUCAGCCAUGUCCAAAAGCCUGAAGAAGAAGAGCCACUGGACCAACAAAGUCCACGAGAGUGUCCUGAGCAGGACCAGAGAGGGGGAGCUGAGGUUCGAGCUGAGGGGGGGCGCGGAGCUCGGCCAGUUCCCCGUCCUGGGAGGAGAGGGGACCGGCGGGACCCGGGGUGAGCUCCUGCUGGAGGUCAACGACACCCCUGUUGUCGGGCUCACCACCCGGGACGUCCAAGCCGUGGUCCGGCACUGCAGGGACCCCGUCCGGCUGAAGUGCGUGAAGCAAGGGGGCGUCAUCGACCAGGACCUGCGUCGCUACCUGAACCUGCGCUUCCAGAAGAACUCGGUGGACCACGAGCUGCAGCAGAUCAUCAGGGACAACCUCUACCUCCGCACCGUCCCCUGUACAACCCGGCAGCCCAGGGAGGGAGAGGUGCCCGGGGUGGACUACGACUUCAUCACCAUUGAGCGCUUUCUGGAGCUGGAGGAGAGCGGGGCGCUGUUAGAGAGCGGGACGUAUGAAGAUAACCAUUACGGCACCCCCAAGCCCCCCACGGAGCCCAGCUCGGUGCUGAAUGUGACGGAGCAGCUGCUGCCCGGCUCCACUCCCAGCUCCCAGGGCAAGAGGAGGCGCAACAAGUCUGUCAGUAACAUGGAGAAGGCGGGCAUGGAACCCCCCGAGGAGGAGGAGGAGGAGGAGAGGCCCGUCGUCAACGGCAACGGCAACGGCAUAUCAGUCACCCCAGAAUCCAGUGAGCAUGAGGACCGGAGCACCGAUGCCUCCGGGGAGACCCCCCCUGGGCAGGGCGUCUUCUCCGCCACCCCCAACUCCAGCGGCCCCCUCCCCGCCGAGAUGAUGCCCCCAGAGCAGGAGGGACAGAUCCCCGACACAGAGACCGCCGCCGUCGCCGCCGCCGAGCUCCCCCCCAUCGACACCAUCCCCCUGCUGCCCCCCAAACCGGAGGACGACGAGGAGCUGGGACCCCUGCCCGACAACUGGGAGAUGGCGUACACGGAGAAGGGAGAGGUGUACUUCAUCGACCACAACACUAAGACGACCUCGUGGCUCGACCCUCGGCUGGCCAAGAAAGCCAAGCCGCCGGAGGAGUGCAAGGAGGACGAGCUUCCGUACGGCUGGGAGAAGAUUGAUGACCCCAUUUACGGCAGCUACUACGUGGACCACAUCAACAGGAGGACCCAGUUUGAGAACCCGGUCCUGGAGGCCAAGAGGAGGGUCCAGCAGCAGCAGCAGAUGCAGAGCCAGGGUCUCUCCUCCCUGCCCCUCCCCUCAAUCUACCGAGAGAAGCCCCUGUUCACCAGAGACCCCACCCAGCUGAAGGGCAGCUUCCUGUCCACGGCGCUCCAGAAGAGCAGCAUGGGCUUUGGCUUCACCAUCAUCGGGGGCGACGAGCCCGACGAGUUCCUGCAGGUGAAGAGCGUCAUCCCGGACGGCCCCGCCGCCGCCGACAGCAAGAUGGCCACCGCCUGCCAGAGCGACCGCCACAGCCCUGACAGGAAGUUGUUUGAUGCUGCUUCCUUUGAAAGGUCAAAGGUCAGGGGUGAAGGUACAAAGACCCCGGGGGGCCAGGCUGACAGCUGUGCUUCACAGAUGCUGGACCAGUGGGAGCUGCAGCAGGGCCAGGCCAGCCCGGCUCUGACCCCCCCCUUCCCCCCCUACCUCCACCAGAGCCUCCACCUCCAGAGCCUCCAGGCCCAGCUCAGAGCCCCGCACCGGGCCCCCGAGGGCCCCCCGCCCGCCCAGACCGAGCCCUAUGACAUUUAUGAGUCGCCCAGGGCACUCUAUGACAGUAGGCAGCCCAGACCGCCUCGGACCAGCUUCACUCUGGACUCCUCAGCAGUGGAUUACCAGGACAUGGAGGUGCUGCUCCGCAGGGAGGCGUCAGGCUUUGGGUUCCGGGUGCUGGGAGGGGAUGAGGCGGGCCAGCCCGUGAGUCCCGCCACACGUGAGAAGAUCCUGAUCGGCGCCAUCAUCGAGAGCAGCCCGGCGGACCGGGACGGGCGGCUGCGGCCGGGCGACGAGCUCCUUCUGGUGGACGGCAUCCCCGUGGUGGGCAAGCCCCACCGCUACGUCAUCGACCUGAUGCACGCCGCCGCGCGUAACGGCCAGGUCAGCCUGGUGGUGCGGCGCCGGCUGCAGGGAAACUCCGGCGAGUCCGGUGCCGACAGCGCGGGCCGCAGCCCCACCUCGGCCUCCACGCUGCACAGCUCCCCGCCCAGCGGCCCCGGGGACUUCAGCUUCACCAACAACCUCGGUGCCGCCCCCGCCCCCGCGGCCCCGGGGCCCGGCUCCGGCCCCUCGGAGGAGGCCGGGCUGGCCAACACGCUGCCCAGUGACGUGGUCAUCAACCGCAAGGAGAGCGAGGGCUUCGGCUUCGUGAUCAUCAGCUCGCUGAACCGCCCCGAGGCGCCCGCCGCCGUCAGCGUACCCCAUAAGAUCGGCCGCAUCAUCGAGGGCAGCCCGGCGGACCGCUGCUGCCUGCUGAAGGUGGGCGACCGCAUCCUGGCGGUUAACGCCCGCUCCAUCGUGGACAUGCCCCACGCCGACAUCGUCAAGCUCAUCAAGGACGCCGGGCUCAGCGUCACGCUCACCAUCAUCCCCCAGGAAGACCCCGCUCCCCCCCCACCGGCCCCCAGCGGGGACCCCCAGAGUACCCCGACCCAGCAGAACAGCCCCCAGGCCGCGCCCCCGGCCGCGCCCGCCGCCUCCACGCCCGGCCCGGGCUCGGCCCAGUCCUGCAGCCCCGGGGGGCCGGAGGGGCCCUCGGCCCGGCCCCUGGCCCGCCAGCCCAGCCCCCUGGCCCACCACAGCCCCGCCAGCGCACCGCCGGCCCCGCCCCCCGUGAACUACGGCCACGAGAACAGUUACAGGUCCGAGGUGAAGGCGCGGCAGGACGUGAAGCCGGACAUUCGGCAGCCCCCGUACACGGACUACCGCCAGCCCCCCGUUGACUACCGCCAGCCCCCCGUCCUGGACUACCGCCAGCCCCCCGUUGACUACAGGCAGCCCCCCGUCCUGGACUACCGCCAGCCCCCGGUCCUGGACUACCGGCAGCCCCCCACGCUGGACUACAGACACCCCCCGCUCAUGGACUACAGACACUUCCCCACCGCCGACGCCGCGCGACAGUUCGCCAUCCCAGAGUACCGCAUGCCCGCCGUGCAGUGUCCCCAGCCGCCCCCCCACUUCGACUACUUCACGGUGGAGCUGGAGAAGAGCGCCAAAGGCUUCGGCUUCAGCAUCCGCGGCGGCCGCGAGUACAAGAUGGACCUGUUCGUCCUGCGGCUCGCAGAGGAGGGGCCCGCCAUCCGCAACGGCAGGAUGAGGGUGGGCGACCAGAUCAUCGAGAUCAACGGGGAGACGACCCGGGACAUGACCCACGCCCGAGCCAUCGAGCUCAUCAAGUCGGGGGGGCGGCGCGUGCGCCUCCUGCUGAAGAGGGGGACGGGACAGGUCCCAGAGUAUGACACUGCCCCCCCAUGGGAUGCUCACCCCUCCCCAGGCCUGCAGGAAGUAGUCCCGGCCGAGGCCCCGCCCACCGCCCAGGUGGAGGAGGAGGAGGAGGGGGAGGUGCGAGCGGGGAGGAGGUCCAAGCAGCCUGACCCCGCCCCCAGGGGGGGGGCCGCCUCCUCCUGCCGGAGCAGGAGCAAGAAGGAGGGGGGCAGGGCCCCCCGCAAGUGGAGCAGAGGCCUUGGAGGAGGAGGAGGGGAGGACGGCGAGGCCAGAGAGCCCCCCCACUUCCUCUCUGCCAACGGCGCGGACUACGGCGCCCGCAACGGGUGCGGGGCGCCGUCGGAGCGGGAGGACGCGAGGCCCCACGCGCCCGCGGCCCCGGCCCGGUCCCAGGGGGGCCCGGAGAAGGAGAGGGCGCCCAGGGGCAGGGGCGCCGGGCGUGGAGGAGGAGGUGGAGGAGGUGGAGGAGGUGGAGGGUCCGUCAGGAAGGCGGCCGUGUCCCCCGGCCUCUGGAAGAUCCCUGGCUCGGACAAGCUCCCCGGGGCGCUGCGGUCGGGCCCGCCCCCCCUGAGCAGUUAACCCCUGACCCCUGACCCCCUGCCGGGCGAGGGUCCGGGGGGGCAGCA